AUGUUCGUCAGUAUCGUAUCAAGACUUGAACCCUUCAAUGGACCCCACAUAACCUUCUUUAUAUACCCUUGCUUCUGUCCUCCUCUCCUUCAGUCCCCACCCGAUAUUCCUCCGACGCCGCAGACGGUGUUGCUCAUGGCUGACUCGAAGAAAUACUGUCCGAUUCUAUACAAGAAUCUCUCAUGGUCACCCGAAAUCCAACGCAGAACAGAAUGGAGGAGGUUGAAGGCCCAGCAGCGCCGCCGUUUCCGCCGCAGCAAGAGCCUUGAUGCUUCUUCUGAUAAUUCUGACAUUACUGACGAUGAUAUCAAGGAGCUCACAGCUUGCUUCGAGUUGGGUUUUGGAUUCGAUACGUCUAACGACAUGGAUCCAAAACUAACACAAGCAUUUCCUGCACUUGAGUUGUACGCCGCCGUUAAUCGGCAGUUUAACAACCGGAAUCUGUCGAGAACUUCGUCUACUAACUCCGAUUCUUCUUCUUCUUCUUCUUCUUCUUCUUCUAACUCCAAUGCAUCUUCAAGUCUCAUUGUGGAUCCAAGCGAUGAUCCGGAGAAGGUGAAGAUGAGAUUAAGGCGGUGGGCGCAAGUGGUUGCUUGCUCGAUUCAUCAUGCUUCUAGACAACCUAAAACAGAAGUGGCAGAAUAUACAUCAGAAUAG